AUGUCGACCUCCAUGGCGAAUCGAAAUGCGCGGCGCCAUUCGCGCGCGCGGGUACGAUAUUGGCGCGGAGCACUCGGGUGUGCCCUGCACCGAGUCCUCGUUAGUUCCAGAGGCGCUAUCGCGGGCCCUUUCACAACUGCCCGGCAGAGGACAAGGCUCAUGCACAUCCACUCGAUCCGAAUCUGUGGAUGGAAGUCAUAUAAGGACGAAACGUUUAUCGGUCCGUUUCACGAAGGGUUAAACGUCGUUGUCGGGCGCAAUGGUUCAGGAAAAUCGAACCUGCUCGAAGCCGUGCGUCUGCUACUUGGGGACGCGGGACCCGGUCUCAACGCCGAGCAGCGGUCUGCUCUUCUACAUGAAGGCCCAUCUGGGCGUGUGCUAUCUGCGUUCAUAGAAGUCACUUUCGAUAACAGUGACGGGCGUCUGCCAAUCGAACGUUCCCGGGUUGUGCUCAGGCGAAUGUUUGGGUUGCAAAAAGACGAGUAUCUGCUUGAUCGUCGGAGUGUCUCCCGAGCUGAGGUUACGGCUCUCUUUGAGAGUGCCGGAUUCUCUCGUUCAAAUCCGUACUAUAUCGUGCAACAGGGAAAGGUCGCUGCUCUCUGUACGAUGAAGGACGAUCAGCGACUUGAGCUCCUGAAGGAAAUCGCUGGCACACGCACCUAUGAGGAGAAGCGUGCCGAAUCCCUCCGCAUCCUUGAAGAGAGCAUCGGAAAGCGAGCAAAGAUCCGCGAGAUUCUGGAGUAUAUUGAGAAACGGCUGCAGGAACUUGAAAAUGAGAAGGAGCAAUUGGUUGCUUAUCAGCAAGUUGACCGCGAAAGGCGCUCGCUGGAGAGAGCUAUAUACGAGCGCGAGCUCACCGAACUGAAAACCCAGCUGGAGUCUUUGGAGCAUGAGCGACAGCAUGAAGGCGUUCAACUCGGUAAGAUGCAUCAGGAGUGCCGGCGUCUUGAGGUAGAGCUUGAGGAAAUUGAGCAGCGUAUAGCCGAGAUAGAAAGGGAACGAGCGCGUCUCGAGGUGGACCAAAGCUCGGUGAAGCUGGAGUUAGUCAAAGCGGCAGAGCAGCGCAGUGCGCUGGAAACUGAAUUGGCGCUCGUAACGCAGCAGCUAGAAAAUGAGACGAUCGAGCUGGAUCGAGUGGAGCAAAAAAUCCAGACACUGCGGCAAGCAGCACAGCAGCGCCGCGCUGAACGUGAUCGCAUUCUUCCAGAGUAUGAACGUCUUCGAGAACAGGAACAGCAUCUGCGGACCGCGAUGGCUAUGACGCAACAGGAGCUUGUGCAGCUCCAGGCACGAGAAACACGAGACGUCCAAUUUAGAACAGUCGAUGAAUGUAACGCAUGGUUCCAUAACGAGAUUGCACGGAACGAAGAGCUGCGACAUGAAACGCGAUCCCAGUUGCAGGAAACGGAACGAGAAAUUCAUCGUCUUGAAUUUGAGCUAUCGAGUAUAGCCGAGCGUCGCAAAACUAAUGAAACCCAAUUUGCCUCGGAUCGUGAACAGUUGAACGCGUUGAAUGCGCGUCUAGCCGAGUUAAAACGUGAGCGCAACGAAGCGCAUCGAGCACGUCAGGAACUAUGGCGUCGAGAAGCAGAACUCGAGAGCUCGCGUGCUACGUUGCUAUCCGAACUCACGGAGAGCGAGCGCCGCAAACGCAUGUCGGUCGGAAGCAAGUUUCUCAACGCGUAUCAGUAUAUCUGCAACCUGCAGUACAGCGGUACGAUCUACGGCCCACUCUAUACGCUCUUCGAGACGGAUGAAAAGUUUUACGUCGCCGUCGAGGCUGCAAUGGGGUCGGCGCUCUGCUACAUCGUUGUAGAUACCGAUGAAACCGCGGCAUAUCUCAUUCAAAGGCUACGCGAAGCCAAUGCAGGCCGGUUAACCUUCAUUCCUCUGAACCGGGUACGAGACGAUGCAUCAGACGCCGCGAAGCGCAACUCUAUGAGCCCGCCACCCACCGAAGAGGCUGUUCCGUUGGUUUCGCGGCUGCGCCUACGCGAUGAGCGCUUCAGCCCUGUAUUUGAGCGCGUGGUGGCUGGAACGCUCAUUGCUCGCUCCAUAUUAAUCGCAUCGAAACUGGCUCGCGGGUACAAUGUGCCUUGCGUGACCCUAGAGGGCGACCUUGUGAACAAACGCGGGGCAAUGCACGGUGGAUACACGGAUCGGCGCCAGUCUCGACUUGCCUCGCUGCUGCGUUACGACAAGAUCCGCAUCCAAAUUCAACAGAUUGAGUCCGAGCGUGAGCAAAUCCGAGCACAACUUGCCGCACUGGAAUCGCAGAUUCAGCGGACGAUGAACGAACUCCAGAAAUCCGAAGCUGAAAAGCGCAACCUAUUCAAUCAGUUGCGCGACCAUCAACGUGCGCUCACCCAACUGGAUCGUGAGAAGCUCUCCAUUGAGGCUGCGCUCGAGACUGAACGGCAGCGCAUGCAAACCCUGCAGCGACAUGUUCACGAAUAUGAACUGGUGCUCAGCAGCUUGCGCGAUGAGUUUUCGGAACGGACCGCAGCACUCUCAUCCUCAUCGUCAUCACCUACACCGCAGACAGCGAUUUCUGCAGAUGCCUUCGUUGCCCGGCUUGCUGCACUCGAAAAAGAGCUAGAAUCAGUCGCUGCAGCACGUGCUACCCUCGAGCAGCGUCUCGUCGAGAUUGAAAGCGAGUUGGAAACGUGCAUCGAGCGUCAGUUGCGGGAGCUGGAGAAACGUUUUCUUCGCGAGACUUUCGAGGAUGCACCGGAGCUCUUCGAUUCAGCGUCCGGCAUCUCUGUGCCAGUCGCGUUGCAGAGCGAUCCGGAUGAAGCGCCUCCGUCUAUAGCGGAGCUACAAACACGUCAGACGAGCUUGCGUAGAGAGCUCGAGACGCUUGGCAGCGUGCUCCAGGCCCAGCGAGUCUCGCAGGAUCGCAUCGCUGAGGCGCUUCAGCGCACAGCCACCGAACUUGACGCCCUCGCUCGAAAGCGUGACUCACUGGAGGCACAACUUCCCGUAGCCAAGGAGGCCCUCGCCACCGAAAGCCAGCGCCUACAAAUCCACGUCGCACGUCAUACGCAUCUCCAGCAACGCAAAGCGGAGACCGAGCGCAAACUGCGGGAACUCGGACCUGCUCCCGCCCAACAUCACGAGCUCGCCCAUGUGCCGCUGACAACGCUCAUGCAACGUCUGGAGGCGACAAAUACCCGCCUCAGCCAGUUGGGCCAGGUUAACCAGAAAGCGCUCGAACAAUAUCUGGUGUUUGCGAACCAACGCGAGGAGCUGCGCACCCGCCUUGAGGAACUCGAUCGUGGCGACGACUCGAUCCGAACGCUCAUCCAUACCCUGGACCAUCGACGAGCCAACGACUUGCAACGCACUUUCAAAGGAAUCGCCAGACUCUUCUCUGCUGUAUUCGCUGAGCUGGUCCCCGGUGGUACGGCCCAGCUCGUCAUGCAACGAGGUCCGCAUCCGACUGCGUCCGAUACCACCGACACGAACGUGGACUUUGCCGGGGUCGCUAUUCGUGUGCGCUUUCCAUCGGAGGAUCACUUCAGCUUGAUGGCGGCGCUGAGCGGUGGCCAGAAAACCCUGGUAGCCCUGGCUUUGAUCCUGGCCAUUCAACGUCUGGACCCUGCCCCUUUUUAUCUCUUCGAUGAAAUAGACGCCAGUCUCGACGCUGCCUCGCGCGAACGCAUCGCAGCGCUUUUGCAGCAACGACAACCAGGCCCUGAUGCUGGUCAUGGAACCGAAGCGUCUGCAGCACGUUCAUCCGUCUCGCGUCCACAGUUGAUUCUCACCACAUUUCGCCCGGAACUCGUUCGUGUUGCGGAUCGCUGCUACGGCGUUACGAUUCGUGGACGUGUAUCGUGUGUUGAGCCCGUCUCCGUGGCGGAGGCUUUAGCUUUCGUCACUGGACCAGCGUCGUUGCCCAUCGACGCCACGAACGAGCAAGUUGCGAUACUCGCACCUACCGGGGAUACGGAAUCGGGUACCGCACCAGAUAUGCAACCAGUUGCAGGCGGCGAACGCACAUCGCUUCUCCAGGCCAGUUAUGAAUGA